UCGUCCAAUCUAUCUCACUCGGGUCUGUAUCGGCCCAACCCCUCCAGCUCGCCGUUGCCUACGAGACCUUUGGAUCGACUGGACCAGCAGCGGACCCUUCGAUAACCACAGCCACAGCCGCAGCUCCACUCAACCUUCCCAACAGCAUGCCAAAUCAUCCCACCACACCGAGGCUUCGUCCACGGGCAGGCUCUCGCUCGUCGAUACCAUCCAACCCUGAGGAUCGAGUCUCCAGCUCCUCCGAGCCGCCCAGCCGAGACGAAGGCGGCUUCAAGCUUGGAAAGCGCAAGAAGGGGGUCGCAAAACAGGGUCGCUCCAAAAACAAAAUCCCAAGCAGCCUCGACGACCUGACCCUUGCCGACAUCAUCCAGGAUUGCUCUGUCCGGGUGCAACGGCGAUCGGGCACGGCGAACGCAAGAGAGCUGGCUCGUCUCUUGGAGGCUCUGCGACUCGAGCGAACCAACGAGAGAAUCCAGGAUCAGAAAACACCUUACCGGUAUAUCGAUAUUGCUGCAACGCUUGCUGAGCCAAAGGUAUCGGGUCUCCAUCGAGUGGUCUUCCCACUGCGAACAUCGGACAUCAUCGCCGCACAGCGGUUUGCGCGCAAGUACAACGGCAACAUCGAGGUCUAUCUCGCCCGGGACGUUGGCGUGAACGACCCAAUGCCCUUCCUCCGGAGAAACAAAUGGAGCAGUCUGUACGAGAUUCAUAUCGACGAUACCAAGUUGCCCGCCAAAGGACUGUCGCAAAAAAUCCUCGUUGGAAGCUGCUUGUCGGCCUUCAACCUGAGCCAGCAUCUUGGCCAGGCACUCGAAGAGGCCUUGCACCACAAACGAGAUCUGGUUUUGUUCUCGGUGAUAUCUCCAAACAGCCCGAUCCGGGUUCCAAACACGCCCAAGAUGGUGGUGCUCUCGGUUGCCUAUGACGAAGACAAGUAUAUGCUGUUGCUGAGCGAAGGCGCAACAAGCUCCAAAGUGAUCGGCGCCGCUGAACCACAGGCACCGGCACAGGCACAGCCUCCAGCAGAGCAACCCGUACUGGUUUCGGAGACUGCCCAAGAGUCCAAGAGUGUGCUGUUUGGGCACAGCGAACCAGAAGAACAGGCUGCAGCCGACGACCGAGAGAGUAGCGUUCCCAUGGAUGUAUCGGACGGAGAGUACACGGCAACGGCAACACCGGCCACCGCAGCGGUAACAGUAACAGGGGCAGCAACAGCAGCAACGGCAACGGCAACGGCAGCGGCAGCGGCAACGGCAACGGCAACGGCAGCGGCAGCGGCAACGGCAACGGCAACGGCAACGGCAACGGCAACGGCAACGGCGGCUCCAGCGGAAGCAUCGCUCGAUCAAUCUCAGUCUCCUAUAGCCACAUCGCCACCCAGACCCACAGAGGCUCCUCAGGCCGAGCUGGAAGAUGAAAUCGUCUCGCUGGUGUGCCCAAUCGGCGCCACCCGUGUGCUCUACCCUGUCAGCGGAAUGAACUGUCGGCACUUCCAGUGCUUUGAUCUGGCGGUAUGGAUCUACAACGGCGCAAUACCAUGGCGUCAGCUGUUGGUCUUGCGGUCUGGUGGACUUGCUGGCUCUGGACAGUACCUGUGCUUACACCGCCCCUACCGCCUCUCUCGUAUGCACCCACUCGGCUACCGACCGGCGACGGCUCCUUUCUGCUCCGACGUUGCGACGAGCAAUCAGUCGUUCCUGGUCUCGGCCAAUGAUGAAGACGAGCGGCGCUGUCCAGUGUGCCACAUCAAGAUAUCUCCGGACGAGGAUCUCCGAUUCAGCAGCGCCUUCUUCCAUCUCUUGCUCAAGUUUCCAAACGUCACGCGCUUCUCAGUAUCAGCGAACGGGACCACCUUCCGGCCCUUGGCAAACAUCAAAUUGUAAAUAUCACUGCUUGUUUUUGUUCGGCCUCAGAGAACGCUUUUGUCACAGCCGCGCUUCUGCUACCACCAUUGCUGUCUUCUCGGCGCGAAAUCACGAGGGGGGUGCAGUGGCCGAUGAAUGAGUAAAUGACUAAAUAAGGGAGGAAAAGAAAAACAGAGCAACGUGCACAGAUUUGACAUUGGGCCGCCGAGCUUUGGUGCUGCACAAAGCAAGAUCGAGCAUGGCA